AUGUAUAAAUGUACAAUCAACUCGCCACUUGCCGGCGUGCAAAAACUUUUAACAAAACUUUCCUCUGCUCUUAGCAUUAAGCGCAAAUACAAAAGUCCUCGCCAUCAACUCAACAAAUUCUCUGAAUUUUCUUUGCAGGACAAAACAGCGCAACACCAACAAGAGGAUGCGUUUAAUCGCGAAAGCAGCGAAGAAGAUCAGGAUGACGCCUUCCAUCGUUGGCUCACGUCCACCGAAACGAACAACAACAACAACAACAACAACAAACACAAUACUACCAGCAGCAGCGAUACAAAUAACAAUUCCAUGGAGGACAGUGCGACACCAGCACGUCGCAAAAAUUUGUUUAGUCUCGCUGAGGCGCAAAAUAAUAAUGCAACCAUAGCAACCAAAACAUUGAAUUGUACUAAUCCACAGAGGGGAGGCAACAAGGGCAACAGCAGCAACAGUAGCAGCAGAAACAAUAACAAUAGCACAAUUGACAACGUAUAUUUUCGCAGUUCCUACAAUGACUACAGCAGCGAAUACAAUGGCAGUGUGGUGAAUAUCGAUAUAUUGCUCACCACGGCGGAUGAGCAACAACAGCAGCAGAAGGCGGAUUUAAUUACGCAACCAAGCAGUAAUUCACAACAGACGACAGGCACAGGAGCAGCAGCAGCAGUGGUAGCAGCUAGCAACAUCUCCGGCUUAGAGGUGACUACAAAUACAACAACGCAUCCCAUUGCCAGCGUGCAAACGAGCAGUCCAGAGCGACAAUGCAAUGUUAUGGGCACGUUGUACAAAAUCGGCGAUGUACUGCCACAGGAUACCGGAAAUUGCCUGCAAUGUGUGUGCAUAGAUGGCUCGACGAGCGAUGACACGCCGCGCGUCACCUGCAGUCCGCACAAUUGUCCGCCGCUAGUGCUGCCAGAUCUCUUCGAUGCGACAGGAUAUUAAGCAGCACGACAGAUGACUGCAAAAAUCAACCAAUAAUAACAACUACAUACACAAGUCAGCUCAUUCGAUGCAUCGCUGUGAAUUCACUCAAACCCACGCACACAUCAACACACACAUACUCACAAUGGACAAAGGCGAAAAAUUCUAUAUGAGUGCAUCACUACUGAUGAUAGUGGCAGUAUCAAUAACGAUGCGUUUCGCUGGCAGAUAGCUCAUCAACUAUAGCAACUGAUGUCGUUGAAUGUUGAAAGCUAAUAAAUCAAUAAUCUUCGGUCAAACCAAAAAGUACCGUCAAGGCAUAUCCCCCAACAAAUCAAACUUUCAAAGAAACAUCACGUUAAACGUAUUCUUACACAAACCUUUAUAUACUAUAUAUGUAUGCUGGCGAAAUAAAAUUAAAAAAAAAAACACAAACCAUAUUCCUUCCAAACAAUCUUGCACACAACUUCAGACAGCAAAAAAGGUCACCUUAUUGUAAGUGUUUAACUAGCAUAUAUGAAAGAAAGAAUUAAAAUCAAUGAUAAAGUGAAUGAAAUCAAUUGAUAAAAUGAAACUAAUAACAUUGAAAGGGAAAUCUCAAAUUUUGAAUCGAUGCCAAAAAAAUGCCCAAGCACAUAAACUUAAUUUUAGGUCGUACUUAGAUUCCAACAAUCUGAAUAAGAAAUAUAGCAAAUUAAAGGUAAAGAAAUUCGUCGCCAUAAACGAAAUUUACUUCAUUUUUCGACAAGUUUAGCGGCUUCUGAGAAGUUUAUUAAUCAUUCCAGAUUUUUUUAACGGAAAAGGAGCAAAUCAAAUUU